GCGCCCUCUGGUGACUAACAUUAAAAUCUAGAAUGUCUGCUGCACAUGCGCAGAAAGGAUAUGUUGCUUUGACGUUUGCUGCUAACGACAAACAGUGAAUGUGUACCUUUGAGGACCCCAAAGCUGAAUCCCAGACACUAUAUUUUCUUAAAAAUAUGCAAGAACCCAAAAGUCAUGAUCCUGAAGAUUCUCCCAUACUGCAAGACGGAGUUGCUGAAACAGCAGAUGACCAGCUGGCUGUCACAGCCAUCCAGUCAGCUGCCGCAUUCGCCACAGAUCAGCAAAUCAAGUAUCAUCUUGUAAAGACGGAAGGAACAGGGGGGCAGGUAACAUACCGGGUCAUCCACCUGGGUGACGGGCAGCUAGAAGGACAGGCAGAUGGGACUGCAGCAGUCAGUGUGGUGACUGGGUUUCCCACAGCAUCACCGGCAGCAAUGCCACCUGUAACCCAGUCUGAGAGUCUAGAGGGAGAGACGUCUGAAACUCAGUACUACUAUCCUGCCACCAUCUCUGACACAAAUGUCGGCACCAUGGUAACCAAUCUCCACACAGCUGAUUCGGUACUAUCUCAACCAACCCCUUCAGGUCAACUCUAUGUAAUGAUGUCGCCUCAGGACGUUCUAGCCUCAACACAGCAGAGUAAGUCGGGAACACAGCGUGCUUCCAGGGAUAACAAGCGGAGGGUUCAACACAAUGAAGGUUAUUCUGUGUUUUGUUUGAAAUCAGCAGCUCCACCUCAUUAUCAAAUCUAGGAGUGCAGCGGUUUCUCGG